AUGGAAUCUUCCAGACAAAUUCUUAAUUUUAAUCAAGCCUGGCGUUUUCAUCGAAUCGACGAUCCCAACGAAAAACAAGAUAAUUAUCAUUUGAGACAGUUUGAUGAUUUGAAUUGGGAGUUGGUAAACAUACCCCACACGGUUCGUCUCGUUCCAUACAAUGGAAGUGGUGGAACGAAUUUUCAAGGUCUUUGUUGGUAUCGAAAACAUUUUCAGUUGGAAACAGAAUGGAAGGAACGCAAAAAAAAACUGUUUAUAGAAUUUGAAGGAUUAAUGCAAGUUGCCGAUGUUUGGCUGAAUGAUCAGUUCUUGAUGACACAUUACGGUGGCUAUCUACCGUGCUUAAUAGACAUAACAGAUUUUGUUCAAUUUGAUAAUUUAAUUGCCGUUCGUUUGGAUAAUCGAAAUCAACCGCUUGUUCCUCCGGGGAAACCGCAACAAGAAUUGGACUUUACGUAUGCUGGUGGCCUCUAUAGAAAUGUUCACUUUCUCGUUUUAAAUCGACUUCAUAUAACAAACGAACUUGAAACUAAAGACAGCGGAAUAUUCGUUUCGUUUCAACAAGUCAGUCAUGAAUCAGCCACAAUAGAAAUUAACACUAAUGUUCAUAAUGAGUUCGCGCAACAAACGGAAAUUUGUCAUUUGACACAUGAACUAAUCGAUUCACAAGGUCAAAUUGUUGUGACUAUUUCAUCCGAACCGCUUCCAAUUAAGCCAAAUGCUACUAUGACAUUUACUCUGGAAAUGAACGUAAGAAAUCCUCAGCUGUGGCAUCCCGAACAUCCCUACCUAUAUACACUUCUAACUCGAGUCUUCGAUGACAGUUCUAACUUCGUACUCGAUGAUCUUUCAAUUCAAAUUGGUAUUCGCACGAUUCAAUUCCAACUGGAUGGACUGUACAUAAACUCAGAGAAAUUCUUUUCCUUCGGGAUAAAUCAUCAUCAAGAUAAUUUAUAUGUUGGAAAUGCCGUCUGUGAUUCAGAACAUUAUCGAGAUGUCAUGAAACUUCGUCAAGCUGGAAUGACUUCGUUUCGUUCACAUUAUCCACAUGCGCGGGCAUUCAUGGACGCCUGUGAUCAACUGGGCAUUCUCUGUAUUGUAUCAACGCCUGGAUGGCAAUAUUUCAACGAAGAUCAAGUGUUUCUAGCCCGAUGCUAUCAGAAUACACGGGAAAUGAUUCGACUAAAUCGAAAUCGACCGUCUAUAAUACUAUGGGAGAUUGCACUGAAUGAAACAUCGUAUAAUGAAGAAUAUGCUCGAACUUCGUAUCAAAUUGCUCAUGAUGAGUAUCCAUUAGGAGAUAAGUGUUAUGCAUCAGGUGAUGCCCGAAUGCCAUAUCAACGAACUGAUCCCAUAUUUGAUGUCAUUUAUUUUGAAACACAGUUCCCUCUUCCCGAGAAUAAGAGACCAAUGUGGUGGCGAGAGUUCGGUGAUGCGUGGGAUUUGAACUGGACAGAUCAGGUGGCUGAUAAUCGAGUUAAAAGAGAGUGGGGUGAACAUGCCAUGCUGUUACAAGCUAAAAGGCAUCAACAAUCACUCAGCAAGGUAAUGAACACAUCGAACCCAUCAGUUUGUGGCUGUGGUCUUUGGGCUGGAAUUGAUUGCGAUCGUGGUUACCAUCCAAUGCCAUUUCUCGGUGGUAUUCUGGACAAAUGUCGUUUGCCAAAAUUUUCUUAUUACAUGUUCAAGAGUCAAACAUUCGAUCCGAAAAUGGUUUUCAUUGCAAAUUUAAUGACUCGUUAUUCGCCAAGAGAUGUAACUGUUUUCAGUAAUUGUGAAGCUGUGCAGUUGUUUCGAGAUGAUGGCGAGGGGAAGGGAUGGAUUUUGGUUGGAGAACAAAAAGUUGUCAGUGAUGGAAAUUUGCCCCAUCUACCUGCUGUAUUUGAAAGUGCUUAUGAUCAGUGUGAUCAACGUCGUCUAAAAGCAAACGGUCUUGUUGAUGAAGAAGUUGUUUGUGAACACGUGAUUACGUCACCGGGUGUUGCUCGAGCUUUGGUUUUGACUGUCGAUGAUUGUGGACGAUACUUAACAGCUGAUGGAUCGGAUUUUAUUCGAGUUUAUGCAACGAUCAUCGAUGAGAAACAGAGCACAGUUCCAUUUAAUGACUGCUCGAUCAGUUACACAGUUCAAGGAGUCGGUACAAUUUUGGGAGACAGAGCGGGAAUUGAAGCAAAUCCGGUUAGAUCAGAACUAGGAAUAGCAACUGCACUUAUUCAGACUACAUUAGUCCCAGGUAAAAUUAUAGUCACAGCUAGCGCACAAGGACUGAAAAAGGCAACAUUGGAAUUUGAAUCUGUACAGUUGAAACAAAAAACUGUAAAAGGCAGAGAUUUGUUUGAAAUUUUAUAA